AUUUCCGUUGCGCUCAGGGAGAAGGAGAGGGAGCCAGCUAGGGAGGGAGCAAAAGGCAAAGCAGCCAACAACCUGAGAGGAACACACACACACACAGCUAGAGAGCGCGUCCGGUUGCGAUUGCGAAUCGAGAGAGAGCGAGGAGGAAGAAGAAGAUGGAGCAGGAGGAGGAGGCGUGCUCGUCUUACGGCUCCUCUUCGCUGCGGCAGUGCAGGAUUUGCCAUGACGAGGAGGACGAGCGGCGCUCCGCCAUGGAGUCGCCCUGCGCCUGCUCCGGCUCCCUCAAGUAUGCUCACAGGGGAUGCGUGCAGAGAUGGUGCGACGAGAAGGGCAGCACCAUCUGCGAGAUUUGCCUUCAGAACUUUGAGCCGGGCUACACCGUUCCUCCCAAGAAAACCCAACCUGCUGAUGUCGCGGUCACCAUCAGAGACAGCGUGGAGGUGCCCAGGCUGCAGUACGAGCCCGAGGAGGAUGACGCGGCGUUGAUUGGAGCCAGCGAUCCCGAGUACGCCGAGUGCGCCCGCGCCGCCGGCAGGAGCGCGUCCUGGUGCCGCUCCGUGGCCGUCACGUUCACGAUCGUCCUGCUGCUGAGGCACCUGGUCACCGUGGUGACGGUCGGAGCGGCCAACCAGUUCGCCUUCAGCCUCCUCACAGUAUACUUGCUGCGGGCCAGUGGGAUCUUGCUUCCGUUCUACGUUGUCAUGAGGCUCAUCUCCGUGAUCCAGCAGGGACAGAAGCAGUACCGCCUGCAGCUGCUCCAGGAGCAGAGGAGACACGCGCUGAGAUUGGCCCGGCUGCACGGUCAGGAACAACGGCAGCAGCAACAGCAUGUCAUCCUGGUACGCUGAGGAAGAACGCAAAUGCAAGACAGGGAAGGAGGGAUUCAUCUAGUGUUCAUAUACACAAUCAUUCAUCAUGUACAAGGUUGUAGAAUUAAUGUACCUCGAGCUUAUAUACUAGUACCUCAUCGUGACAUCUCUGCAAACCUGAAAAUUUCAUGCUAAAAAGAUCAACAUAUAUAAAUUUGUACUAAAAAAGAAAAAAGGAAAGAAAGCUGGCACAAUGUUGGAUUUACCGAUCGCCUC